AUGGAUUUGAAAUGCUUAUAAUGUGGUAAGAAUUAAAUUUCACAUUGGUGUUUGGACAAAUUUUGUCAGAAUAAUUUGAUAUGUGAUCAAUGUUCUUUCAGACAUGGGAAUCCAGAGAGAAUUUACAAGGAAGAUCAUCCAAAUAUAAUAAAUACGGAAAAUUAGAAAUUUAAAAUUAAAACAUAGGUAAGAAAGAUGAUGAAACAGAUGUUAAUUAUAAUAGACAGAAUGAACUAAUAUUACAUUUACAUUGAAGAAUAAUUUAUAGAAGUGAAUUCUGAAAAAAAAAUAGAAACAUAUUAAAAUAGAUUAAAGCUUUACUCCAAAUUUCUUCAAUUUAAUCCUUAGAUCCAAUCUGCCUUAUUUAAUUUAAAUAAUCAAUUAGAUAAUUAUGACUUCCCUAAGAGUAAAAAGGUUGAUUAAAAUUAAUAGAAAUAACUAGACAUAUGCAAAACAUUAUUAAGUGAGAAAUAAUAUGCCAAAGCUUCAGAAGAAAUAUCACGUUUAAACCAUGAGGAGUCAAAAUCUUUAUAAAUUGAAUGCCAGAUACUUCAAAAAAAUUUGAAAUAUGCAUUAGAAUUGUCAACAAAAGCACUUCAGUCACCACCAACUGAAUCAACUUAAAAAUUAAAUUUGUAACUUUAAUAAGUUAAAAUUCUUCAUAAAUAACAAUAAUAUGGUUAGGCUUUAAAAAUUUUGUAGACUAUUGAUAAUAAUAAUAAUAAUAAUAAUAAUAGAGAUAAAUAGAAAUUUCAAUUACAACUUGGUAUGAAAUUAAUUAAAUUCAAGGAAAAACUCUAAUAAAAUGUGGCUUUUUUGACUUAGGAUGUUAGAAGAUCAAAGAUCUCAAAAAGCCUCAAUAAUAAUAAAUAUAAGUAAGUUAAAAUUCAGGAUAGGAAGGAGACAUUAAUAAUGAUAAUGAAUUUAAAUUGGCAUUUGCAAAGGCCAAUUUUUAGUUAGUUAUUGAAGAUAGAAAUACAGAAAAUAGUUCCUAAUCAAUUAAUGGGGAUCCAAGUAAUAUUUCACUUAUCCCUUCAAACGCAAAUCAAGAAGUUUAAAAUAACCAAAACAGCCAAAAUACAUAAGUAAUUAUUUUCUUAAAAAUUCAAAAAGCUCAAGGAAUCGGAGGACAUUUAUAAGGAAAUUUUAUCGAAAGAACCUACAAAUCAAAAGGCCCUUUAUGGAUUAAGUUAAAUUUUAAUUCGUAAAAGAGAAUACAUUGAGGCAAGAGAAUUGUUAUAUUAACUCAUAUAAUUAAAUCCGAAAUACCGUAAGGCAGAAAAACUAUUACUGUUCAUUAAAUUGAAAUUAUUAGAUCAACAAUAAGACGAUAUAGAAGAUUAGUUUUCAAGCAUUGAUGGAUGUUUGGGCUAUCUAUAUCAAUGUUGUUUUUAAAGAAUAGGGGGUAGAGUACACCCAGAAUUAUGAUGAGGGAAUCCAGAUGAAAAUUGAUUCAUUCAUCUGAAAGAUUUAUUAAAAUAAUUAUAGUUAUUUUCA